AUGGAGGGAGAAGCAGAAGAGAAGAGAACGGCAUGACGGAAAGAAAGUCUUCUCUGCUCUAUUCUUAUCCUUUCACCAAUUUUCUUGGAUUUUGGCAAUUUCAUAUAACUUUGGCGAUCAAUCUGAUCAAGUGACGCCAGUGGGGAAAGUGCUUUAACGAGGGCUGUAUGUGAUUGGCAGGCAGAGUGAUUGCCAGCUGUUGGAUUUGAGAUCUGAAUUCCACCAGGUGGCCAAGGCAGAAUGGCUGUGGAGAAUUUUACUGAACUGAUACAUAAACUGAAAGAAGUCCAUGAGCAGGAACUGGAAGGUUUGCAGCAGAAGGUGCUUGAGCUGACCAAUAAGAAAAACUGUGAUGCAAAGAGACUUGAGGAGCUGUAUAACAGGAACCAGCAACUGAGAGAACAACACAAGAUGCUGACAGAAAACAUAAAACAGCUAGAAAACAUGUUACGAGCUGGGUUGUGUGACAGGUGUACAGUCACUCAGGAGAUGGCUAAGAAAAGACAGCAGGAGUAUGAAACCUCCCAACUCCAGAGUUUGCAGCACAUAUCCAUCUUAAUGGGUGAGAUCAAUGCGUUGGUGAAAGAGAAUGAAAAAUUGAAAGAGGAGGUGAAGAGUUUACGAAAUCGAGUAGAGCAGCAGAAUGGUCACCCAGACAGAGCAGGGACUCCUGAAGUUAACCAUUCUCCUGACCCUACAGUCACUUCCCUGCCUAUGGCUCCCUCUAUUCUGAAGAAUGAUCAACCAGCACCAGGGGGCGCCACUAAACCGACAGCCAUAGUGAAGAAUGAAAGUGAGUCCAGGCAAAGUAAAGAUACUCCAGAUGAAAGACAGGAGAUGUCAGAUAAAGAGUCAGAGCACAGACGGUUACAAGGGUGGAGUUUAACACAUCUUUUUGAGUCAAGUAGGCAGCCAACGUUUCCAGCAAACCAAGCAACAUGGAAAGAGAGAAGAGCAGUUAGCAUAGACUCUAUGGAGGCUCGUCCAUUACAAACCUCACCUUCCUUCACUCCUCACCUCCGCCUUCUGAAGAACAACCACCUGUUCUCCACCAGACACUCUGAGGACCGUCCUUCCGUUGUGUCUAUCCCUUUGCGGCCACAUCCAAUCAAAUCUACCCCAUCCAAUCUUUCCUGGCCACUGCCUGAACGAUCAGACUGGGUGUCAGUAGCAAACACUGGCACCAGGGUUGGCAUGGCGGUUAGUCCAAACCUGAAACAUGACUGUAGCUCUCCCAUACUUCGCUUUUCAAGCCUGGUUCCACCAGGCCUUGAGUCCCACCUACAAUCUCGAAGCCCUGCUCAACCACGACCCAUCUACCCAUGCCCAAGAAAUCUGUUAGAACUGACAAAUGCCAAAGACAAGAAAACACCACCGAGCUCCGGGUCAAGCUCAGAGCAUGAGAGGAUCUUUGGUGAAAAUCUACGAGAAGGAGAUGAAGAGGCACCUUUGGACCUGUCCAGUGUCUCUGGCCCCAAAAUCAAACAAGCAGAGAUGGACUUGGCAUCAUCUUCAUCUUCGUCACCUCCAGCUCCAUUCUCCUCACCAUCUUCAGCUCAGUACGGCUCUAGUCCUCAGAGUGAUCCACAAACAGGGGAUACAAAACCUCAGAGAGAAGAGACAGAAGGACGAAAAAAGGAAGUAGGAGAUGAGGGAAGUGAGAAGAAUGAGAAUGUAGACACAGAAAAUCUGAAAGUUCCCACUUUGACCAUUUCACUUCGCCCAGUCGUGGUCCUAGAGUCAUUAAAAUCAACAGGACAGAAAGAGCAAGACAUGGAGGAAGACAUCAGCCUGAAGGACGAGGAUGAAAAAGAAGACAGCAAACAGGGAACAGUGAGGAAGAGACCAGGCCAGAGUCCUGAAGUCUAUCCACGGCGCCUACUAAAAGAAAAGAAAAUGAGGACAACACUACUGCCACAAGGGAACAAACUUGGAGACUCGGAGCAAGGCUGAAAUCAAAGUCAUGUACAAUGUCCGUUAGAGUUUUUUAUUCAUUUAAAUCUCAUGAUUUCUCAUGUGUAGGAACCCACUUUGCUUUAAUUAAGUUGUUUAAAAGAAAAACACCUCCUUGUCAUCGGGAGAUUACAAGUUUGAAUCUUGACAAUGCUACAACGAAAUGUGGGUGUCUGUACUGUAAAGCGGUCAGUUAGCAUGUGCUUUUGGGUGUGUUCAGCUGCCCUCUGCCAUUUCCCUGGUAGAUGCCAAAUGAUAAAGAAAAUCCAACUAGUGGGUGGAGAUUGGAAAAUGACCAAAUUGGAAUAAAAUGAGAAAAAAUUAAAUCAAUCAAUGAACUACAGUAGCUUCAUAUUAGGUUUAAUAACUUCUUGCUGAUUAAAGGAUUUACUUUGUUUUCUUGCAGUGUACCGCAGUUUUCUUACGGCAUACAAAAAUCCAAGUGCAUGCCAUUCUGUACCCAUGCAUCAAAGAUCUGAUGUUUUUCUGGUGUUCUUCUGAAUUCCUGUACAGAAAAAGAAACCUACUCUUCGUCAUUGCACUAUAGCAGCAGGCAGGUCAGAAAAUCACACAGGAAAGACAAAUAAAACAUGUCUUAGCACUUGUUUCUCAAUAUUACUCUUGUUUUGGAGAUAACACGGCCUGGUACCCAGAUCAGCUACACUUUAUGCUCGCCACAUAAGAAAGACUAAUCUUGAGAUUUCUCCAGAUUUCCCUAGGAAAUGAAAGAGGUCUCCACUUCCUGUCCUAAGGGUGUGAACAAAAUUAACUUGUAAGCAGACAUUAUUUCUUAUCUUUGUCACAAAUCAUCACAUCUGUCUGUCCCCCAUUUCUUCUCCCCACUUCUCUUCAUACAUGAACCAAUGUAUCAGCUUCCAGUUUCACUUCCUUGAUCAGUUUAAGCCUGAUGUCUUAAGCCUGAAGCAAAUUACUGUCAGUCAGACAGGGUAUUUUUUCCGUUUUCUUUUUUUUGUUUUUUUUUAAAAGGCCUGUCUCUUGCAAAUGUGACGAAAAAACGAAACAUCCUCCCCUUCCCCUUUUUGGUUUUUGCGAUGGUAGAACACAUUUUGUAAGAGUGAAUUUUCCACUCACAGCAGCUGUGGCUAUUUCAAGCAUGUAACGGAGUGGGGGAAGGUGUAACACUGAUAGCAAAAAGAUCUGUGUUUAUUUUAAUUUAGCCGUGUCUCACUCCAUGCAGUUAAUUACAGUCUGAAAUGUUCUUUUGAGUCACUAAAGGAAUGCAUGUCUUUAUGUUUUGUAGAAUGAUAUCUGACAGGCUUGACAGAACGUAUUAAAAUGUAUCAGUGCACAUUGAAAUAAAAAGAUAUGAGCUAUUAUGA